UGACAACCAACAAAAUCACAAAAAAUGGCAGACGAAAUCAGAAAUUUUUGUGUUAAAUGCGACGAGAACAUAGGGGAUGCUGCCCAAGCGAAAAUAUUGAAAUGUAACGGACAAUGCAAUAAAGUUAUCCAUCAGACCUGCAGCAGUUACAACGCUUCAGAAUGGCAGUUUCUUGAAACCAACAAAGACAACAUCAAAUGGUUUUGCGAUGGAUGCUCUCAAGCUACCACAGUUAAAGUCUCCCAGUAAAACAAAAUCCUUACACUGCUGCCAAAACUUUAUUUUGUAGGAGGGCUGAUUCUCUCAAUAUUAAUCCCCUUUUGCAAAAACUUUCAAGAUUCAAGGUGUCAUGGCUGUUUUUUGAACAUUUUAGGAGAGCAGUGGAAGAUUUUUGAAAAGGACAGCAGUUACUUUCCUUUUCUUUGGUUCAGUUGAUCUUGUUCUAUUGAAAAUGUUAUAUUUUUUUCAUGAUGAAUAAAUAAUAAUGCUCUCUUCAUAU